AUGUAUUAUCAAAGAGAGAGGCACCCCGAUCUUGAGUUUUCAGAUCAUUGCUCUCUCCCUCCUUCCUCUGUAGUAAACCCAUGUUUUCAGCCAAAUAAUCAAGAACCAGCAAUGGAUCUCGGAAAGAAAAAGACUCAAAGUGCAAAAGAUUAUGAAGUUCCCGAUUCAAAAGCCACAGCCUUAACUCCUUUCCCAACUACAUCUCAAAAGCAAAUUGUCCCAAACAGAUUUUCUCCUCUCCAAAUUAGACCUGAAAUUCCUUUCAAAAGCAUGCUUGCUUCAAAUUCACCAAAACCUACAAAUAUCCAAAUUCCAAACUCUCCAGAACAAUUUCAAAAAUAUUUUACAAAAGAUUGGUUCGAGGAUAUCGGAAUGACUCCUCAUACCGAAUAUCCUACAGGCCUCAUUCAAAAGGAUUUUAUCCGAGCUAGAUUUCAAAACCCAACACAGCUUUGGGAAUCAGAUAACAGUUUGAAAGACCAAAGAUAUUAUGAGUUAAUUCUUGUUGAUUCACAUUCUGUAGAAAUAACUCAUAAUCCUUCAAUUUCAAAUGAAAUCAGUUUUUCGAAAUGUGUUAUCAAAAAAAUUCAUGCUAUUACUACUUUUGGAGGAUUCAAAGAAUUCAAAGAUUUUUCAGUUCGUCACCCAGCAAAAGGAUUCAAUUAUAUUGAUUACAAAAAUGCUUGGUUUCGGACCUUUUUUAUGAGGCCCUUUAACCAUUCAUGGUUUUUUACCUUCCAUUCAAACAUUGACAAACAUUUUCCGAUGUGGUUCUUUGAUUGGUGGAGAAAAUUUGGAUCUAAUAUCCAGAUCACACCACCUUCUGUUCAAAAAGGAUUUCAAGUCUUCUCAGAAAAUUCAAAUCAUUCCUCGUAUCAAAAGCCCUUGAUGUUCCAUGCAGAAUUCAAAGUCCCUUGGAUUUUUGCUUGGGAUUUUCAUUUUAGAAAAAUUUAUCCAGAUCCAACACCCUUCUCCUUAAUCAGAGUCUUCAAGAUCAAAUGGUGGAGUAAAUUUCAAGAAAAUACUUAUUCUGAACAUGCCGUUAGGCAUUAUUUGUCCACGGGACAAAAGGUUACUUGUCAAAAAGGAGAUGUCAAGAAAGAAAAAUCAAAAGCAAGUUCUAGUUCCAAAGUCUCUAAAGAUUCAAAAUUCAUGAACAUGCCAGAGGAUAUGAAAAAAGAAUUUCUUGAAUUUCUUGCUCAAAGAUCUAGUUCUACCAAGACAAAAUCAAAAGAGUCAGUUUCCUCUGAUCCAAUCGGAGGACAAGACCCAUAUGAUUUCCAAGACCCAUAUAAUUUUUAAUUGCCGCCUUGAAGAAGGAUGAGAUUUGCUCGAAUAUUGAAAAACCGCAAAGAGCAGAUUGAUUACCAAAAGAUGAGAAUUGAGCAACUUUUAGGUUCAAUCAAAAUUGCCCUGCAUAGUCCAGGAGGACUUGAUCAUUUGUUUUUAAAUUUUGAGAUUGAAGAAAUUAAGAGAAGAAUUGACGUUAUUAAAGAUUGUGAAGAAGAGAUUGUGAAGAAGAGAUGAGAAGAAUUAACAUUUUUCUCGCUGCAUAAGAUGCCAAAAAGGAAUGCCUUAUUUAAUAAUGAUUAUGGUUUAGAGAUAAGAAGACUUGCAGAAGAAAUCAAAGAAUAAGAAAGAAGAAUCAAAAUCCUCCAUGAAGUCCGAAGGAGAAGAGAUAGAUUUUUCGGAUUUAUAAGAUUUAAAGAAGAUCAUGAGAAGAAAAUAAGAGUUACAGAAGAAUCCAUCCGAAGGAGAACAAAAGUCAUUGAUGAAUGCAAAAGAAGAAUUGAUAUUAUUCAAAUAAUGCUUGCUGUUUAAUCAAAAGUUGUCAGGAUUGAUACCGCAAAAUUCAAAAGGUAUGCCUCAAAAUUCAAAAGGUGUCUGCCACAACACUAAACGACACCAAGAUGAUUGAAGAAAUUGGCCAUCAAAGUCAAAUGUUGGCCACUAAAUUCAAAAGUGGUUCCGGUGGAAGCCAUGCUCAAAAGCCUCUAAAGGUGCCCACCACCAUCAUCAAAAAUAGACAACACGUAGCUUGUAUUAUUGUAAUAGCUUUAGCUUUUCAUAAUAUGUAAUAGUUAGUUGUAUUAUUGUAAUAGCUUUAGCUUUUCAUAAUAUGUAAUAGUUAGUUCAGUAAUGCUAUAAAUAGCAUGUAAUAUCAAAGAGAGAGGCACCCCGAUCUUGAGUUUUCAGAUCAUUGCUCUCUCCCUCCUUCCUCUGUAGUAAACCCAUGUUUUCAGCCAAAUAAUCAAGUAAAUCAAAUUUAAACUUUCAUACUA